UCCCGUCCCCUCCCUCCGAGUCCCUCUGAAUCCGGGCGGGGAGGGGCGUGCGGAGGGACGGGCCGUGUCGAGGGCCAGCGCCCGGUUCCUCCCGCGCAGUUUCCACCCAGCCUCGGGCUGGGGGCGGCCUCCGGGGUCCCUCGAGCCCCCCGCCCCUCGCGCUCUCAGUCCCGAACUUUCCCUACCCUCGCACAGCUCCCCGGGAAAAACGGGCUCGGGUCGUGCGUGGGGAGGGGCUGCAGGCCGGGGCAGAGCUGGAACGGGGGGCGUGAGAGCUGGAGAGGCGGGGAGGUGAUCUUGGGGUUUGGGGGACUGCCCCUCGGCCUCCCCUGCCCGCCUCUGGGCGCGCUCUGCCAGAGACGGUCCCGAUGUUUGGGAGUGAUGCCAGCCUCCCCCAGAGACCGAGUUCCUGAAGGGGCGGGAACCCCAGUGCUCGCCGCAGAGUGACACAUAGUAACUGGGGUCCCCAAAUCCUGGCAGGCUCUUGAGUCUUGGACUCGGGGCAGAAGAAUAUGGGUGCUGCUCUGUCUUCUGAAAGGAAAUGGGCAGAGGACAUCGUUAGCUCAUCCUGAGGUGUCUGUCAUUUGUGAUGAAGCCCUGGGGCCAGGGGACCCCCCCCACCCCGUCAGUCUUCCCAUUCCAUGCACUCAUUCAGUAUAAACUGAGCGCCUUCUCCAUCUCGGGCCUGGGCAGGUGGGACCCCCCCACCUGUACACAUGCACCAGAUGAGCCAGUUGGGAGAUGCUCCAAAGACCCAAGCUUAAUGCUCACUGUGAGCCUGGAGUGGUGGGUGAAGGACCAGGCCACUGGGACUCAGACGGCCAGGCGGGGAGCCAGGCUGAUGCAGACGGACCUCCAGGGAUGGAUAAUGGCCUGGCUGGCGGCACAGGAGAUGGGCUGGUGAUGAAGAUCAAGCAGGAGAAGCCAGAGUGGCUGCUGCAGACGCAGGCCGUGCUUUCGCAGAAGGAUAAGGAGAACAUUUUCCGGCCCCGUCGGGUCCCCCCGCCAUGCCAGACGGCGGCGGGGAAGUCUCGAGCCUGGGGGCACCCGGACGAGACUGGGGGCCCAAGGUGGGCCCCUCCCUCUGAGCAGGACGUGGGGCCGGCAGGCCGGGCUCCGAGGGCGGCCCCCGGCCCCCUGAGCCCGGCUCUUCCUGCUGGCGAGGGUCACUUCGUGUGCCCGGACUGUGGGAAGAGGUUCAGCUGGUGGUCGUCGCUGAAGAUCCACCAGCGCACGCACACGGGCGAGAAGCCGUACCCGUGUGGCAAGUGCGGCAAGAGCUUCAGCCAGAAGCCCAACCUGGCGCGCCACCAGAGGCACCACACGGGCGAGCGGCCUUUCUGCUGCCCUGAGUGCGCCCGGCGCUUCAGCCAGAAGCAGCACCUGCUCAAGCACCAGAAGACCCACUCCCGGCCUGCCACCCACCCGUGCCCUGAGUGCGCGCGCUGCUUCCGCCACCAGGUGGGCCUGCGCAUCCACCAGCGCGCACACGCGCGGGACCGCCAGGGCCCCCGCGCCGGGUUGCAGGCGCUGCGGCGGGACACCGCAGCCCCCCGGGGCCGGCGCCCGCGGCCGGGGGGGCGCCCCGAGUGGGCUUGGCUGGGGCUCGGCCAGGGCUGGUGGCGCCCGCCCGAGGCCCGGCCCGCCGCCCCCGGCGAGCCACGCCAGUUCAUCUGCAACGAAUGCGGCAAGAGCUUCACGUGGUGGUCGUCACUGAACAUCCACCAGCGCAUCCACACGGGCGAGCGGCCCUACCCCUGUCCCGAGUGCGGCCGCCGCUUCAGCCAGAAGCCCAACCUGACGCGCCACCUGCGCAACCACACUGGCGAGCGGCCGCACCCCUGCGCGCACUGCGGCCGCCGCUUCCGCCAGAAGCAGCACCUGCUGAAGCACCAGCGCACGCACCAGCCCGGCGCCCGGGCCGCGCCCCGCCCCGGCCGCGCCGCGCUGCGGGCCUACCCUCGCGCGCGCCCCGCCGCCCCCGCCCAGCUGCCUGCCCAAGCCGUCCCUGGCCUGUUGCCGCCGUCCCGGGGCCCCUCGCCCGCCCGGGGACCCGGGGACCUGCCGUGGGGCCGGGCGCGGGCCGGGGCGCCGGGUGAGCCACGCCAGUUCAUCUGCAACGAGUGCGGCAAGAGCUUCUCGUGGUGGUCGGCGCUCACCAUCCACCAGCGCAUCCACACCGGGGAGCGGCCCUACCCCUGUCCCGAGUGCGGCCGCCGCUUCAGCCAGAAGCCCAACCUGACGCGCCACCGGCGCAACCACACGGGCGAGCGGCCCUACCUAUGCGCCUCCUGCGGCCGCGGCUUUAGCCAGAAGCAGCACCUGCUCAAGCACCAGCGUGUUCACCUGGGGGCUCUGGCGCCCACCCUCAGCGCCAAGGGAGACGCGCUCUAGUGAGGCUGGACCCACGCAGGCCCGUGGGCGGGGUGGGAGGAGGCUUGCCUGGUGCUUGUGGGCGAGUGACCAGGAAUGGUGGCGCUUAGAACUGCAGGGGCUGAGACCCUCUCCAAAGGUGCCUUCCUCAAGGCUCCAAGACCUGACAACAAAUUCCUGGAGCGUCCCCAAAAGGGGAUCGGGAAAAGUCCCGGGAAGGGCUGAAGGCAGAAAUAAGAUCACAUCCCACACUGUGGAGCCUAGAUGUGUCCUUCCUUGGAGGUGGGACCCCAGCUCUCAGGCAUUGAAAGAGGGGGCUGUCGGAGGCCUUGGGUGAGAUGGCCCAAGUCUGGACUGGUCAGCUGUGGCCGUCCAGGGUCAGUCCCUAGGGGGGUAGGGGGAGUCUCAACAGGCUGAGCGAUACCCAGAUGGGAGCUAGAAGCUGCAGCUGGCGAGGGGCAAACAUGUCCUCAGUGCAAGGCCAGCACCCAGCACUUAAAGGCCACUCAAUACAUGUGUUAGGAAGGCGUGAAUGGCUUGAUGGCCCUCAACCCUGAGUACCCCACUACCCUGGGUGCUAUCCUGGGCGGCUUGAGCCUAGAACUGGGUUGUGUGUGUAUGAUGGUCACUGCUGGGACUCGGAGGGUGGUCUCACUGGGCUUUGGUUCCUUGGGGAGGGCCCUGCAGAGGGAGAGCACCCAAUGUGCUGCUCCCACUCGGUGGACGCUGCCUGGGACUCUUAUUGAUGCUGAUGUCACAGAAGAGAGAAAUGAAGGACUGCCUGCCUCA